AUCAAGGUGGACAAUCUAUGCUAUGGAGUAUUCUAUCAACGGCUCAACGUUUGAAAUGAAAAUUUACCAUUUUUACAAUGAUAAUAUUUUAUAUCUGUGACCAUACUUAUUUUACAUAUAACAGCCUAUCCAUACAUUCAAACCUCAUGUGCUCAGACUUUUCAAUAUUCUGACUUUCAUUAAGUUUAUCUGGACAGAAAAAUGGAGUUGAAAAAAACAUAUAAUGUAAAUAUUAUAAAUAAAGACAAAUCUAGUAGUUGCUUUAUCAUCGUUGAACAGUUCAAUAGUGAUGCAACACAAUAUUUUCAAAACUAUUAUAAACAAUUAUUAUAUUUUAACAAAAAUAACAAAUGGUUUGGAAAAUUUGAAUAUCCUCAUGUUGAAAUAGGAAAUGUUGUUAUGGUACGAGUUAAGGAUUCAACAAACUUAUGGGCGCGUGGAAUUAUUUCGAAAGUCCCCAUCAGAGGCACGAUACCUGAAAUAUAUUUAAUUGACUCUCAGAGAUUUUGUGAGAAUAAUGGCAAUUUAGAAAUGAGAGCUUGCCCAGACAAAUUUUUAAAUUUAAAACUUCCAACCUACUAUAUUGAUGUAAAUAUUGAUUUAGAUAGUAAAUUUAUCAAGGUUGCAAUUGAAAAUUUGAUUUGGAAAAAUCAAUGUGGGGAAUUGAGUUUUUAUUUUACCCCUAAAUGCAUUAAUAAUGCUGUUUAUUCUGGUGAAUUAACUAUCAAUAAUAAAACAGAUAAUUCAAUUAUACCAUUGAAAAAGUUUUUGAAAAUUUUUGAAAAAAAAAAUUAUUUUUCCGAUAUGAAGAAUGAGCAAUUUACAUAUUCAAUUUUCAAUCCAUUGAGACUAAAAUGUUUGGAAAAUAUAUUUAUUCCGAGUGGUUUUAAUAGUAAUAAUUCUGUUAAUAUCACUGAAUCAGAAAUCAAGAAAGAUAGUACGGAUAGCCAAAAUAUUGAAGUACAUGUAAAAAAAGACCAUGCUUUUAUCAAAUCAUUAAUGAAAAAGCGCUAUAAUAUUUUAUCAAAUGUAUCUACAUCACAUGAAUGCCAAAAACAUAAUGACUCUAUCAUGAUACCAGAAAAAUCGGAAAUAAUCAAAAUAUCCUCAAUAAUUGAAACAAAAAAUCAAACUAUCAAUUUAGCUGAUGAUAAUUCAAAUAUAUGGUGGUCUUCUUCUGAUGAUGAAAAAUAACUCAAUCCUUUUAAUCUUUCAAGUUUUAUUUCCAUUAAUAUUUUUAAUUAUUUUUAAAAAAAAAUUAUGUAUAAAUAUUCAUUGUUAGAACAAUUCAUUGAAUGUGUUCAACAUUUGGAGUAGAGUUGUAAAAUUGUAUGGAAUUUAAGUUAAAGGGAAUAUUUUACAAUUUAGUAUAUGAAAAUAUUAAAAAAAAAAAUGAUUUGUUAAUUGUUCUCAAAAUUCGGAGUUAUUGAUUUUAUGUUAAUAAAGUUCAAAUUAAAGUU